GGCUUCUCCGGCGGGAGGCGGACACCGCGGUCCUCGCUCGGGGACCCUCCGGGCCUCGCCCCCAUCAGAGAGGGCGGCUCCGCCUCCAGCGCGGCACAGCGCCGCCCGGGUGGGCUCCCCACCCCGGACCUCCGGACCUCCGGACCCCUGAGCCUCUGGACCUCCGGACCUCCGGACCUCCAGAGUCCUGAAGCUCCGGACCCCUGAAGCUCCGGACCCUUGGACCUCCAGACCCCUGAACCUCCGGACCCCCGGACCUCCAGACCCCUGAAGCCCCGGACCCUUGGACUUCCAGACCCCUGAACCUCCGGACCCCCGGACCUCCAGACCCCUGAAGCUCCGGACCCUUGGACUUCCAGACCCCUGAAGCUCCGGACCCCCCGGACCCUUGGGCCUCCGGACCCCCGGACCUCCGGACCCUUGGACCUCCGGACCCCUGAACCUCCGGACCCUUGGACUUCCAGACCCCUGAAGCUCCGGACCCCCGGAUCCUUGGACCUCCGGACCCCUGGACCUCCGGAUCCUUGGACCUCCAGACUCCUGAACCUCCAGACCCCUGAUCCUCCGGACCCUUGGACCUCCAGACCCCUGGACCUCCAGACCUCCGGACCCUUGGGCCUCCAAACCCCUGGACCUCCGGCCCCUCGGACCUCCGGACCUCCUCCCCGCCUCCCCUCCGGCCCCUCGGCCCCCCGCCCCCCCGACAGCCAUGGGCCCGCGGCUGCCCGGAGCCCCUGCCCUGCUGCCCCUCGGGCUCCUCCUGCUCGGGGGGCACCUGUGCCCGGCCGCCGCGCUGGAGGAGAAGAGAGUUUGCCAAGGCACGGGAAAUAAAUUGACCCAGUUGGGUACUCUAGAUGACCACUUUCUAAGCCUCCAAAGGAUGUACAAUAACUGUGAAGUUGUUCUUGGAAAUCUGGAGAUCACCUAUGUGCAAAGGAAUUAUGACCUGUCCUUCCUGAAGACCAUCCAGGAGGUUGCUGGUUACGUACUGAUUGCGCUGAACUCAGUGGAGACAAUACCAUUGGUAAACCUGCAGAUCAUUCGAGGAAACGUGCUCUACGAAGGUUUUGCCCUGGCGGUCUUAUCCAAUUAUGGGAUGAAUAAAACAGGACUGAAGGAGCUGCCCAUGAGAAACCUCUUAGAAAUCCUUACUGGUGGUGUGCGAUUCAGCAACAAUCCUGCACUGUGCAACAUGGAUACAAUCCAGUGGAAAGACAUUGUAAACACGGGACAGUUAAACAACAUAUCCAUAGACAAUCAAAACCAACUGGACAAAUGUCCAAAAUGUGAUCUUAAUUGUCCCAAUGGAAGCUGCUGGGGUCCGGGACCACAGAACUGUCAGACUUUGACCAAGACCAUCUGUGCCCAGCAGUGUUCGGGCCGGUGCCGGGGAAGGUCACCCAGCGACUGCUGUCACAACCAGUGUGCUGCUGGCUGUACAGGCCCCAGAGAGAGUGACUGCUUGGUCUGUCGCAAAUUUCGGGAUGAAGCCACGUGCAAGGACACCUGCCCUACCCUGAUGUUGUACAACCCCACAACCUACCAAAUGGACGUCAACCCAGAAGGGAAAUACAGCUUUGGAGCCACCUGUGUCAAAAAGUGCCCACACAACUACGUAGUGACAGAUCAUGGUUCCUGUGUCCGCUCUUGCAAUGCAGAGACCUACGAAGUGGAAGAAGACGGUGUCCGAAAAUGCAAAAAAUGUGAAGGGCCGUGCAGUAAAGUUUGCACUGGAAUUGGAACUGGUGAAUUUAAGGAUGUUCUUUCUAUAAAUGCCACGAACAUCAAACGAUUCCAAAAUUGUACCAAGAUCAACGGGGAUCUUCAUAUCCUGCCUGUGGCAUUUAAAGGGGAUGCUUUCACAAAAACUCCACAGCUGAACCCGGAGGAACUGAACAUCUUUAAAACCAUCAAAGAAAUAUCAGGGUUUUUACUGAUUCAGGAUUGGCCCGCAAACAUGACCAGCCUUGAUGUUUUUGAAAAUCUGGAAAUUAUCCGAGGCAGAACUAAGCAGCAUGGCCGGUUUUCGCUUGCUAUUGUUAACCUGAACAUAAGUUAUCUGGGAUUACGAUCGCUCAAGGAAAUAAGUGAUGGAGAUGUAAUCAUUUCAAAAAACAAAAACUUGUGCUAUGCAAACACGAUAUGCUGGAAGAAACUGUUUAGCACACAGAAUCAGAACUAUAAAAUUGAAAACAACAGGAAUGAAAAUGAAUGCAAUGCCACCGGUCAAGUUUGUCACCCCUUGUGUUCCUCUGAUGGAUGUUGGGGUCCAGAGCCAAACCAUUGUUUUUCUUGCCGAUACGUCAGUCGAAGCAAGGAGUGUGUGGAGAAAUGCAACAUAUUAGAUGGGUUCCCAAGAGAGUUUGUGGAGAAGUCAGAGUGCUUGCAGUGCCACCCAGAAUGUCAACCCCAGCCUAAGAACUCAACCUGUACAGGGCACGGUCCAGACAACUGCAUAAAGUGUGCCCACUUCAUAGAUGGUCCUCACUGUGUUAAAACAUGUCCCGCUGGAAUUAUGGGGGAAAAUGAUACCUUGGUCUGGAAAUACGCUGAUGCACAUCAUGUGUGUCAACUGUGUCAUCCAAAUUGCACACAUGGAUGUAAUGGGCCAGGUCUCGAAGGCUGUCCAAUGAAUAGCUCCAAGAUCCCCUCCAUCGCUGCUGGGAUUGUGGGGAGCCUCCUCUGCCUGGUGAUGGUGGGCCUCAUCAUCGGACUCUACAUGAGAAGGCGGCACAUUGUUCGUAAACGCACGCUGCGCAGGCUACUUCAGGAAAGGGAGCUCGUUGAGCCCCUCACACCCAGUGGAGAAGCUCCCAAUCAGGCCCUUCUGAGGAUCCUCAAGGAGACAGAAUUUAAGAAGAUCAAAGUUCUUGGCUCUGGGGCAUUCGGCACAGUGUACAAGGGGUUGUGGAUUCCCGAAGGAGAGAAGGUCAAAAUUCCAGUUGCUAUUAAGGAAUUGAGAGAGGCGACCUCCCCAAAAGCCAACAAGGAAAUUCUUGAUGAAGCCUACGUCAUGGCCAGUGUGGACAACCCCCACGUUUGCCGCCUGCUUGGGAUCUGCCUCACGUCUACCGUCCAGCUCAUCACUCAGCUCAUGCCGUUCGGUUGCCUCCUGGACUAUAUUCGGGAGCACAAGGACAACAUCGGCUCCCAGUACCUUCUCAACUGGUGUGUGCAGAUCGCGAAGGGAAUGAAUUACUUGGAAGAACGCCGGCUGGUCCACCGAGACUUGGCAGCCAGAAAUGUCCUGGUGAAGACGCCCCAGCACGUGAAGAUCACAGAUUUUGGAUUAGCCAAGCUGCUUGGGGCUGAGGAGAAGGAAUACCAUGCAGAAGGAGGCAAAGUUCCUAUCAAAUGGAUGGCUUUGGAAUCUAUUUUACACCGGAUCUACACCCACCAGAGUGAUGUUUGGAGUUAUGGAGUCACCGUUUGGGAGCUGAUGACUUUUGGCUCAAAACCCUACGAUGGAAUUCCGGCUAGUGAGAUUUCAUCCAUCUUGGAGAAAGGGGAGCGUUUGCCUCAGCCACCCAUCUGCACUAUUGAUGUCUACAUGAUCAUGGUCAAAUGUUGGAUGAUCGAUGCAGAUAGUCGCCCCAAGUUUCGAGAGCUGAUACUUGAAUUCUCCAAAAUGGCCCGUGAUCCUCAGCGCUAUCUGGUCAUUCAGGGGGAUGAACGAAUGCAUCUGCCGAGCCCCACGGACUCCAAGUUUUACCGCACUCUGAUGGAGGAGGAGGACAUGGAAGAUAUCGUCGACGCCGAUGAGUACCUCAUUCCUCACCAAGGGUUCUUCAACAGCCCUUCCACAUCCAGAACUCCCCUCUUGAGUUCUCUGAGUGCUACCAGCAACAAUUCCACCACUGCCUGCAUUGACAGAAACGGGCAGGGUUGUGCCUUGAAGGAAGACAGCUUCGUCCAGAGGUACAGUUCAGAUCCCACCACUGUCUUCUUUGAAGAUAGCCUAGAAGAUGGCUUUCUGCCCGUUCCAGAAUACAUCAACCAGUCAGCCCCACAGAGGCCUCCAGGUUCUGCGGUUCAGAACCCUGUCUACCACAACCAGCCUUUAAAUCCCAAUUCUACUAAAGACUCUCACUACCAGAACUCGCACAGUAAUGCAGUGGACAACCCAGAAUAUCUCAACACGGGACAACCCACCUUCAUCCAAAAGGCAUUCGACGGCUCUUCCUACUGGGACCAAAAAGCCAACCAUCAGAUUAACCUGGACAAUCCUGACUACCAGCAGGACUUCCUACCCAAGGAAGCCAAGCCUAACGGGGUCUUUAAAUUUCCUGCAGCCGAAAAUCCCGAGUACCUUCGGGUGGCAGCGCCCAAAAGUGAAUUCAUCGAAGCGUCGGCAUGACAGAAGAGAGACCUCCACCCCUGCUCCCCCAAUUCAGCCAGCCAGGCUGCUGAAGGACCAUCCUAUGGACACCGUCAUCCACUGACCCACUUUGUCGCCAUCGUGUUUUUCCUUCGGAGGUGUGAGCUGCCUUCACCGGACUCUGGUACGACGACCCUCAUUCUUCAUCAGGAUUGGCUCUUUUACGUGGAUGCACGACGAAGUGGAACGAAAAAUAUCUGUGGACAUCAUGGGAGCAACGCUGUUUUCCAACAAGCCUCUGAAAAAUGAUACCGGGGAGCUUAUUUUUAGCAAGAUACUUCAAAUGUACAAUAGUUAACCUUUUUAGAAAUGCUUUUGAGACCUAAAGGGGGGGGUAAAUCAUGGGCAUUGGGCUCACAUCCUCGCUUGUUGGCUUUAAGCUGGUUGGGCCACACUGAUUAAGAAUCGGGCGAAUGCAUUGAGGCCUCAGGAACCUGGAAAACAUUGAUUGGCCCGAUUGGACUUGUCUCGAGACAGAAAGAGCAAUCCUCCACUACGCUUCCAGAUUCUCUAGGUUCCAAUUGGGGCACGGUGGUGCUACUCCUAGACCGAAGCCCAAGGAGUAACGAAAAGGCAGUUGAGCCUCUUACUGACCACUAGAGUUGGAGAAACCAAGAACAUUGUUUGUAAAUGUCUCUAUGGUACUCACCUGUUUUAAAAUGUUUUCUGAAUAUGAACCCCUGUCUUAAUCCUUUUUUUUUUCUGUUCCGUUCUAGCUAGCUGUAGAGACCACUUGAUUGGUUAAGAUUGGUUAAGUGGAUAUAACCGGAAAAUCUGUCGGGGAAGCUUCCCCUUGGCUCACUCUGUUGGGUCAAGGGUGCCAUUUUCAAGAUGGAGAGGAAAGACGGACAGGAAAUGCAAAAGAUCAGAAGGCUAAUCUUAUGAGCUGGAGUAGUUGACUCAGAUGAAACUGUACAAAACCUAAACUUGUUUAAGGGGAAAUGCAAAAAGAAGCCAUCCAGAACAAUUAGAUUGUAAUAGUUUGAUUUAAAGGAAAAACAACUUAGCCAACUGUAGGAAAUUAAAUUUUUUCCUUUUUCCUUCAAUUUGAUCCAAAAAUAUGCUGCCUAAAAGCUAACUCCUCCUGGAAUACAUCAUCAUGCCUUUCUAUUCCCUGCUUCUUUGGCCUUUUUCAAGUGAUAAAAGUUCACCAUAUGCUAGAUCUCGGCAGAAAACUGGGUAACUCUGCUCCCAACCUAGAGGAAAUACAGAAAGAGGAAGUCAAAAGGUGGGGUAAAACUCCAAAAUUUUCAAAAUCAAAUUGUGUGGGAGCAGUGAUGCAUUUCUGAAAUUACAACCUGUGAAUUUACUAGAUGAACAUCUGUAUGUUCAUUUGAUUGUGUGCCUAAAGAUACUCUGAAGCAAUUCAUUUUACUACAGAUAUUCCUGGGCUCACUCUCCAGACAGUCGUUUGCAUGAUAGCAUUCCUCACGUUUUCAGAAUGCCUGUCAGUGGAUGUUUUUAGUAUCUCCUCUGGAAAAAAUGAGAUUAGGGGAAAAUGAAGCAAUAUUUCCCAGAAACUGUAAUAAAGGAACAUUUUAACCAAUGGGUGGGUUGGGGUUUUUUUGUUUGUUUUUUGUUGUUGUUGUUUUCCCCCCACUAUUCCUGCCUAUCAGAAAGUGUGUUUCUGCCAGGGACUUAAGCACCUUAUCUGAGACAGCUGAAUGAGUGUGACCCUACGCUGGCCUUGGGAUUCCUCCCAACAAAAGCCCAGAGAAGCUAGGGGGAAGACCCUCAGUCCAAGCUGAUUUGUCUUGAACUCAACAUCUCAGAAUCUUCUGGGCAGAACUGACGGUCCCAGAGAGUCACAGAUUCAGAUCUCUACUUUUCCGGAAAUAACUAACUGAAGGUGAGGGGCAUCAGACCCAUUCUCAUCCCAUCUUGGGAAGUUACUAGGGCUGAAUUUCAGGGAGCAGUCAAGCACUUUUUCUUCUCUGUGCAUUCAAAACCCCUCAGGAUAAAACCCAGGUCAACUCCUGUGAGAUACGAAUGUAAUGACUCUUAAAAUUACAGUCAUGCAUCGCCUGUGAAAUCAAGAAAGCAGAACAAAGCUCAUGGGAAAUGUAGAAUUGAGUUAGUCGAAAAAUCCAAAAUCUAUGCAGGGUUUGUCCGGGGCUCUGGGCAGUCUGAGUCCACACAGUAAGCCUCGACCAACGAGGAGAUGACAAAGACUUGGUCUUUGAAAGAAGUUCAAAAAAUGUGCCCAUGCAUUCUGUCUCAUCUGCUAAUGUGCUCUAAAGUCAGAAGGCUCGUUUGCCUUUUUGCCCCGAGAUCUUGGGGUUAAAGAAAGGGAAGAUGCUUUUAUGUGGCCCCCUGACGCUUUCUGAAAAUGGUGAGAGCUUAGACGGUACUGCUUUCGGCUGUUGAUGGGAUUGUUGCAAGAAUCAGUUGAUCUUUAUGAACAAGAAUGCUCAUUGCUGCUCUUAGAGUCGACACAUUUUUCCAAAGUUAAAAAAAUAUUGAUUUAAAUGAUUUCCUCUUCAAACCUUGCAGGAGAAAGCUGACAGCUGGUCCUUUGGAGACUCAGAUUUUCAGUCUAGAGGGAAAUCUGUUUUAUUCUUUCUGUGGGACUUCCAUUCCACUCACAGAAAUUCUCUGACCAUCAUCCAAUCUUUAAUUUGGAGGCUAAUUUAGAUGUCUAAGAAUUUUGAGUACUGCUGCAAAAUUGUAUUUGAUUCAUUAAAUGGAUUAGUUUACUGUACUGAAAGUGUAUAAUCUGAGGAACUUCAUUUCAAGAGAAAAAUCUAUUAAAACCAAAAGUGUUCCAUUGCAUUGCAUUGGACAAUUUGGGAAGAUACUUACUGUUUUGAACUGCCUGAAAAGAUGAGCCAAGGGGUUGGUAUUGCCAUCUGCCAUUUCCAGGAUGCCUCUAGGUACUAAAAGACUUGCGAUGAGAGCAACUUUAAAAAUAUCAAAACUAUCCCCAUUUCCCUUCCCAGAUUAACAGGACCAGGACAGUUCCAAAAGAGGGUGGAAACCAAAUUAAAAGAUGCUAAUUUUCACAGUAGAUUCCAACUUUAAUACAUUUAGGGCAUUUGUAAAUUCUGUGAACCAAGAGUAGUCAUUCCACACCAACUGGACAGAACUGACUGAGUAUUUGGGAGAGUAUGAGACAGUUUGGGAGCAGAUGGUCCCCUGACUGACAGUUCGGGAGCACGUGGUCCCCUGACUGACAGUUCGGGAGCACGUGGUCCCCUGACUGACAGUUCGGGAGCACAACACAGAAUUAGAAAGGGUGAGGAAAUAGGCCAGACUAUUUGAAGCCCAAAUUGAAGUGUUUCUAGUAAUUAUUAAGUGCCUACUGUGGGUAAAGCAGUGUACUAAAUUCUAGGGGAAAAAAAGGCUAGGAAAAAAAAGGCUAGGAAAAAAAAGGGGUCCCUGGGCCCCAGUGGGCUCAGAAUCUAAGAAUAAAAGAGAGAGGGAGUUGGUGACAGGUAAAAUGAAAAAUGAAACAACCUAAGAGAUAAGGACAAGGAUAAAUCGGAAUAGAGCGAUAGAGUACCAUGGCUAGAAGAGCAGAGUUUCAGACUCACCUCAACACUCAGAGCUACAGCUUUCUAGAGUUUGAAAAGUCCUCACGCUCCUCGUUUUUCUCCGGUUCUGGCCUGGAACAAAGACUGACGGGAAGUCCCACUGGGUUGCGGGCUGGACAGCAUCUCUUCCAUCCUACAGGCCUCCGGUCCCAGGGUGAGGAAAUGGCUUGGGCCGCUCUGAUUUCGUACCCCUUGUGGUGAGGGGUUGGAUAGGGCUUCACUUUUGCAAGGGACCAGUCCCGGGAUCUGAGGAGAUGAAUGAUAGGAUGCUGGGACCGUUUGCAUUUCCUGAAGAACAAUCAUUGUUUAGACUAGGAAACAGAACUCCGUCUUCUAAGGGUUGCUACCUCUUCAAUGACCGCUGUUGAAACUGCCUUUGAUUGUUCUUUUGCAUUGUAAUGGGAGAAAUCAUUUUAUUGCAAUGGGAUGAUCUGUUUAUAUCACUGUAAAAUGCAAUUGUACAGAAAUGUCAUUUUGAUGAUUUGAAAACCUCUUUCUAGUUUCACUGCCACAAUACUGCUGUUUAAAGGGCAAGUCUUUUUUGGAUGUGCCUAAAAGUUCACUUGGAAGCAGGAUUUUUGUACCCAAAUCCUAUUUUUCUAACUUAGUUUUUUUCCCCUCAAAUUCCUCCCUCCUCUGCUCUGGCACACUUUUUGGGUGUAUCCUGAUGGUAAUUCAUUUUUGUAUGAAAGGGUACGAACCUAGACUAUCUUAGGACCAAAGACCAAUCUCCUUCUUGAUAGCAAUCGAAAGGAAGCAGCACCCUCCGCCACUCCACAGCCGUUCAUUUCACCAAAUCGGUAUUCGGAACAGAGAGAUCACCUAGCACCGAGAAAGCCGCACUCGUGAUGAGGAGGGAAAAAAAAGAGAGAGAGAGAGAGAGGUCAUUGGCAUGGUGCUGGCUGUUUCGAUGAAACAAUUCCACAUUCAAAUUCACUAUCAUUAUCCUCUGCUCCGGGUCCUCUCUACGUUGGGCCAAGUUUGAGGAAAGGAGUUAGGAAUAGUAGCACCGGAGGGAGAAUUGCCUGGAACUGGGGCAUCGUUAACAAGCACUAGAGAAAACUCACAAGUCCGCCCCCCGUUUCUCCUCUCCCCAACUUCCACCCUUUCCUCCCCCCCAGCUAUACACUUGGGAGGAACCCUGGCACAAAUAAGAAAAAAAAGUCUUUCUGCUAGACCUGCUUAAGGAGGCCAUAAUCAACUGCUAAUGAAGAGGGAGGAAGUUACGGUGUAAACCACCCAGACAUUUGGAAUAGCAAGCACCCAAGAAAGGAAUUCUUGGGAGGGCAUGCAAUUUCCACAGUCUGCCUCUGGAACCAAAAAAUGUUUCUCAUGGAGAUACUCGGCCAUCUCUCUUUUAUAGCUUCCUGAAAGCAAAUAGGGCUUUCUAACCACCAGCAGAAAUUCCAUCAAUUUCAAAUUGAAAUUUCAAGCUCUUGGGAGAGUGCCACACCAAGGCCCCGUUGACUAGCAGGUAACUGGCAAGGGAUUUUUGUAAAGCCAAACACGCUUAAACUCCCCCACUCUCUUGUCCUGAAUUUUGUCCAGAUGGCAGCCUUCUGUAUAAUCCAAUCUGUGUGAAAUGAAUAGAGAGCCUGUGGAUUCAUUGUCCCAUUUCAGUCUGCUUGGGAAUGGUGCACUCCAUUCAAAACUAGGGAGCAGCAGCUUUGUUCUAAGGAACUUUCAAGCAAUAGCUUUGUAAAUUUCUAGACACCUUUUAGCAAUGUAAAGUGACGCAAAGAUGCACUAUUUGUAAAAAUAAGAAACAAGGCUGCCUUUUUAUAUGGUUUGUAUUGAUUAGAAGAUAUUGAUCGUUUGUAUAUCGAGUGAUAAAAAUAAGGUGUACAUUAUUCUUUCUGUGUUUUUAUCUUUAGGAGAAUCUUUCUUGUAAUAUUUACGUGAUAUUAUUCAGAAACAGAUGUUGACAUUAGUGUCAUAGAUCCAGUAGCACAUCGGAACUAAUGUAGACAGUCUCCUGAUAAAUAUUGACUCAUUUUUUAUAUAAGAGAAAGCAAUGUAAAUGGGGCUUCUCUAGAGCUGAGUGGGCUUAAAUCCUGAAGCAACUUUCCCCAUUCAAGAAUUUCCAGUUCUUCUCAUCUUAGCCAGGUUGCCAAAUUGCAGUGAAAAAUGCCUUGUGCCAACCACCUUGGCCUUUGGCAGAAGGAAUCAUGGGAAAACCCACCUAUCUCUCCACCAUAGUAGAGAGUUAGUGAUGCUCACUCUUCUUCCGUAGCUUCCAACUCCACUCCGUCAGAGCUAAGAGAGAACGCCUGGUGGAAGGCAUUUCCUGACCCCAAACUGCCUUGUGCUUCUUCAAGCCCUCAGAGAGAACAGAUGUUGUUUUGUCAUCGGUCCACAAGUGCCGAAACCCCGAGGAAUUUACACGCUAAAUUCCCUCACCAAAAAUAUAAGGUGUAGAGGGUUUUUCAGUCUACCACUUGUGAACUGACUGUGUGGUUUUUAAAUUGCCCGGGUAAGAACAUGCCCUUGAGUGGCACUGUAAGAGUUUGGUGGAGAGGACUAAACCUCAAUCUAGAAAAACAAAGGAUUCAAUGCAAAGAGAAAAAUUCAAAGCUUUGUAUCUUAAAGAAAAUAACCCCAGAGCCUCUUUCAGGCAAGGAAAUGAUUGUAGAUGCAGUAAUUUUUUCUACAGUGAAUGGGCUAUGUUUUGAAGAGCCUUAUGUUAAGGGAAAAAAUCACAACACAUCAAUCCAGUGGAAAUUAAUGAGUUAGGGAAACGUGGUUCAAAGAUAACACCAGGACUGACCUUUUUCAAAUCAAAUUCUUAUAUUAUGAUCACCAAUAGCAGAGUGCUUCACACCCCUGCUACUCACUGCUAUUUUAUUAUAUUAGAUACUCUGAAGAUGCAAAAACACAAAGAAACCAAGUCCUGAACAUUACAGUAAGGCUGAAGCUGAGUCUAGGAAGUCCAGCACUACACUCAUAACACAGAAGCUACUUGUACCAACUUGGUGAUCGUGUUAUGUUGUGGGGCAAAAAUCUUCCCUAAUUAUUCCACCAGGUUAUAGCCAAAUCAUGUAAACACAUUUUAGGGCAGAACUGAUUGCACUUGGACAUGAAAGGGAAGGGGAAAAAAAAGUUCUUUCAGAUGUUCAAGACUCCCCAAGAGAGUAGAAGUGGGUGUGAUCUAGUCAUCCUGUAUAAGAAAGAAAAAAAAGCCGGUCCCUCCCAGGGGAGACAGGGAGUGGAGCUCUAGUUCUUCCAAAGAGACAUCAAAGCCCAACUACUUCCAAUGUAGGGGAAACAGCAGCUUCUGUGCCACUGAAAUGGUGAAUGUGAUGGGGAAGAGCCUGGGAAAAGACCAGUAAAGUUGGAUAUGGGCAGAAGCUCCUGAGUUAUUGCUCCCUGACCUAGUUUGAUAUCUCCGUCUUGGUAGGUGGACUCCGGCUAAAGAGGUGGGAUGUUUUAGCCUUAAGGCUCUUCUUACUCUUUCCCUUCACUUCUGUAAUGCAAAUGGUAAUGCAUGAUGUUUAGUAAAAUAAAACUAUCCUAAAAAUUU